UAAGAACCCUGAGUACCCAACAACACUCACCAUGGUAGGUGAAGCCCCUUACCUAAUCUCUGAUUUGGACAGAAAGGCUCGGCGCCGAUCCUUUGUGGAGAGAUAUGAUUCCAGUUUAAAAACAAUGAUCCCUUUACGGCCCCAUGCAAGGUUGGCUCCUAAUCCAGUUGAUGAUGCAGGGUUAUUUUCAUUCGCCACAUUUUCCUGGCUUACCCCUAUAAUGGUCAAAGGCUACAAGCACAUUCUGACUAUGAACUCCUUGCCCCCACUGUCACCUUAUGACACAUCAGACAUCAAUGCAAAGAGGUUUCGAUUCCUUUGGGAAGAAGAAGUAGCAAGGGUGGGUACAGAAAAAGCUUCAGUGGGACGAGUGGUUUGGAGAUUUCAAAGAACUCGUGUUCUGAUGGAUACCAUAGUCAACUUCCUUUGUAUAAUCAUGGCAGCCAUAGGGCCGACGGUUCUCAUUCACCAAAUCCUCCAGUACACAGAAAGUACCUCCAAGAAUGUCUUCGUUGGCAUUGCCUUGUGUGUGGCCCUUUUUUUCACUGAGUUUACUAAAGUUUUAUUCUGGGCACUGGCAUGGGCUAUAAAUUAUCGUACAGCCAUCCGACUGAAAGUUGCCAUCUCAACUGUUGCUUUUGAAAACCUGGUUUCAUUCAAGACUCUGACACACAUCUCUGUUGGUGAGGUCAUCAAUAUACUAUCAAGUGAUGGUCAUUCCUUGUUUGAAGCUGCCUUAUUUUGUCCACUGCCAGCUACAAUUCCUGUCCUGAUGGCAGUGUGCUCAGUGUAUGCUUACUUCAUUUUGGGACCCACAGCUCUCAUUGGGACAUCUGUAUAUGUGAUAUUCAUCCCUAUUCAGAUGUUUAUGGCUAAGCUCAAUUCAGCUUUUCGAAGAUCUGCCAUUACUAUGACAGACAAUCGUGUCCAAAUAAUGAAUGAAUUUUUGACCUGCAUCAAGCUUAUUAAAAUGUAUGCCUGGGAAAAAUCCUUUACAACCAACAUCCGAGGCAUAAGGAAGAAGGAAAAGAAAUUGCUGGAAAGGGCAGGGUUUAUACAAAGUGGAAACUCAGCUCUUGCACCUGUUGUGUCCACGAUGGCCAUUGUCCUGACUUUCACUUUCCAUGUUCUUUUAAAAAGAAAGCUCACGGCACCUGUUGCAUUUAGUGUGAUUUCCAUGUUUAAUGUAAUGAAGUUUUCAAUUGCAAUCUUGCCUUUCUCAGUCAAAGCAGUGGCAGAAGCUAACGUUUCUCUAAUGAGAUUGAAGAAAAUUCUUGUGAACAAAAGCCCCCCAUCUUAUGUCACCCAACCAGAAGAUGAAGCUACUGUCUUGGAACUAAAAAAUGCUACUUUGUCUUGGGAACAAGAACCUAGCAGAGUAAUUAUCCCAGGGAAAGAGGGUAAUAAGAAAAACUCAAAACCAGAUCUGGAGACCUCCAAAGACUCAAACCUGAAGUUCUAUGGGCUUGCUGGAUCAGAGGAAAAAGAGAAGACAAGUCCAGUCCUGCGAGAAAUAAGUCUGACUGUGAAAAAGGGAAAGGUCUUGGGAAUUUGUGGCAAUGUUGGAAGUGGAAAGAGCUCCCUCAUAGCUGCCAUUCUGGGACAGAUGCAAUUAUGGGAUGGGUCUGUAGCAGUGAAUGGAACAGUGGCUUAUGUGUCACAGCAAGCAUGGAUCUUUCAUGGAAACAUGAGAGAAAACAUAUUAUUUGGAGAAAAGUUUGACCGCCAAAGGUAUCAACAUGCACUCAAGGUCUGUGGCUUACAACAGGACUUGAAAAAUCUUCCUUAUGGAGAUUUGACUGAGAUUGGGGAGCGGGGCCUCAACCUCUCUGGGGGCCAGAAGCAAAGGAUCAGCUUGGCUCGCGCUGUAUAUGCUGACCGUGAGGUCUAUCUGCUGGAUGACCCACUCUCCGCGGUAGAUGCUCACGUUGGGAAGCAAAUUUUUGAAGAGUGCAUUAAAAAGGCACUCAAGGGGAAGACCAUGGUUUUAGUGACUCAUCAGCUACAGUUUUUAGAAUUUUGUGAUGAAGUCAUCUUAUUAGAAGAUGGGGAGAUUUAUGAAAAAGGAACUCACAAAGAACUUAUGCAGAAACGGGGACAAUAUGCAAGAAUGAUUCACAACCUUCGGGGGUUGCAAUUCAAGGAUCCUGAAAACAUUUACAAUAAAGCAAUGAUGGAAGUCCAAAAGGAGAAUCACGGGGAUCAAGCUGCCAAGGGAGAGAAAAAUGCUGCUUUGACUCCACAUGAUGAAAAAGAUGAAGGAAAAGAAUCCGAGACAGAUCUAGAUCCUCUAGACACAAAAGUUCCUACGCACCAACUUAUUCAGACUGAAACAUCCCGGGAAGGAUCAGUGACCUGGAGAACGUAUCACACGUACAUUAAGGCUGCUGGAGGGUAUAUCCUGUCCAUCUCCGUGGUGUUUCUCUUCUUUUUGAUGAUUGGAAGUUCAGCCUUUAGCAACUGGUGGCUAGGUUACUGGCUAGAUCAGGGAUCUGGGAUGAGCUGUAGGUCUCAUAAUGAGACCUCUUGUCAGAGUAGUGAUAUAUUAAUGAAUCCCAAGCAACCCAUUUACCAGUCGGUAUAUGUGGCAAGUAUGAUGGCUGUGAUCAUUUUCAGUGUUAUAAAAGGAUACAUUUUCACCAAGACAACUUUAAUGGCAUCUUCCACAUUGCAUGACAGAGUAUUUGAAAAGAUCUUAAAAAGUCCAAUGAGUUUCUUUGACACAACACCCACUGGCAGGCUAAUGAACCGUUUUUCCAAGGACAUGGAUGAGCUGGAUGUGAGGCUGCCAUUUCAUGCUGAGAACUUUUUGCAGCAAUUUUCUAUGGUGUUAUCUAUUCUAGUUAUAUUAGCAGCGGUAUUUCCUGCUGUACUCUUUGUACUGGCUGGUUUAGCUGUCAUUUUCUACAUUCUCUUACGAAUUUUCCAUAGAGGAAUCCAAGAGCUGAAGAAGGUGGAAAACAUCAGUCGGUCUCCUUGGUUCUCUCACAUAACCUCCUCCAUGCAAGGUCUGGGCAUCAUUCAUGCCUAUAAUAAAAAGGAAGAAUUUAUCAGCAAGUUUAAGACAUUAAAUGAUGAAAAUUCCAGUCACCUCCUAUAUUUUAAUUGUGCACUCCGGUGGUUCGCACUAAGAACGGAUAUCCUUAUGAACUUAGUCACUUUCAUUGUGGCCACACUGGUGGCUCUGAGUUACUCUUCAAUCAGUGCUUCAUCCAAAGGUUUAUCCUUGUCCUAUAUUAUCCAGUUAAGUGGACUCCUACAAGUCUGUGUAAGAACAGGCACAGAGACACAAGCCAAAUUUACUUCUGUGGAACUACUAAGAGAAUAUAUCUCGACUUGUAUUCCUGAAUCUACUGACCCCUUCAAAUCUGUGAGUUGUCCCAAAGAUUGGCCAAAACGAGGGGACAUCACAUUCAAAGAUUACCAAAUGAAAUACAGGGAAAAUACUCCUCUUGUCCUCAAUGGUUUAAAUCUGAAUAUCCAAAGUGGACAGACUGUUGGCAUUGUUGGAAGGACUGGUUCUGGAAAAUCUUCAUUAGGAAUGGCCCUAUUUCGACUAGUAGAGCCAACUGCUGGCACAAUUUACAUCGAUGAUGUUGACAUCUGCACCAUUGGUUUGGAAGAUCUCAGAACCAAGCUCUCUGUGAUCCCCCAGGAUCCUGUCCUGUUUGUAGGUACAGUAAGGUUUAAUUUGGAUCCUUUUGAGAGCCGCACAGAUGAGGAACUCUGGCAGGUCCUAGAGAGAACUUUCAUGAAAGAUACAAUAAUGAAACUCCCAGAGAAAUUACAGGCAGAAGUUACAGAAAAUGGAGAAAACUUCUCAGUAGGGGAACGGCAACUGCUUUGUAUGGCAAGAGCACUUCUUCGUAAUUCAAAAAUUGUUCUCCUUGAUGAAGCCACUGCUUCAAUGGAUUCAAAAACAGAUGCAUUGGUUCAGAGCACCAUCAAAGAAGCCUUCAAGGGCUGCACUGUUUUAACCAUUGCUCAUCGUUUAAACACAGUCCUAAACUGUGACCGUGUCCUAGUCAUGGAUAGUGGGAAGGUGGUUGAGUUUGAUUUGCCAGAACUGCUUGCUGAGAAGCCAGAUUCUGCAUUUGCAACAUUAUUAGCUGCAGAACAAGAAGUCUGACAGUAAAAAGCAUACUGUGGGUGCCCAUCAUGUGACAUUAGAGAAGGACGAUAAUGUAUGAAAUGAGUAGGAAAUGAAGUCAAUUCAAGAGCCCAGUGUCCAGGAAUGCUUAUCAUUGUGAUUUUAGUGGGAACAGGGGUUGACAUGCAGAAAGCACCCAGCCCACAGGGAAUUGACUGUGUUGGGAUUGAACUGCCUGGCCUUCCAAUGUCUCCUCACCUUGGCUUUGAAGUUGUGAUGGACCAUGGACAGAAGAGACAGAACUAGUGGAUUCAUACAUGCCCCUCAUCUACUAAAAUUCCAAUACUAUGUCCCUACUAAUUCAAUAAUUUCCUGAAAAUGGAAAUACUGAUUUUUUUCUAGGAAAACAUGUUAACAGAAAACAGAAUGCAGAGGUGCCUGGAUAUAGGGUUUUUACGGGUUUCCUUGCAGAACCAUCAGAGGAAAAGAGCAUGUGUGUUCUAUUUAAGUUCCAAUUCACUUCUAUCUUGACUAUGUAGCAUGCAAUAACUACAUAGAUCUAUAGCAUGAAAUACUGAUUGCAGUUUUUGUUAAAAAUAAAAUCAUACUGUAUUCUUCAUUUGAUCUCUUAUAACCAGGAAUAACCAGGAAAACAAAAUGCUGGAGUUUAUAUGUAAUUGAUAUUUUUAUAUCUUUAUUUGGUCAUUAAAAUGCACUAGAAAAUUAAACUACUUUGAAAUAUUGCUUCACAAUUAUUUUCCUGAAGA